AUGACUCAAGCUGCGCGCUCCUAUCCUCUCAGUGCUGAGCGGGUGUACGACUCUAGCGAUGAAGACGAAGCCCAGAGCGUCGUGGACCAUGAUGCGUUGACUACCAACCCGAGGACUUCUAACGGCGUCAAAGAUCAUCAUGGGGACGACGACAGCAGCGAUGGAGAGGCUUCCGACAGUGAGGAUGAGAAGACCGCUGAAUCCGAAGACGAGAGCGAGGACGGCCAAAGCGAGCCGGCAAUUGAUUCAGCAGUGACGCCGGCUUCGAGCCAGAAGACACGCUCCUCACCAACCCCAGAACUCGAAGAGACUGCUGCCAAGUCCAUGCAAUCCGGAGCUGCAAUUCCUGCAAAACCAUUCAAGGCACCAAAGGGCUAUGAGCCGAUUGCACUCUCACCGUCCGACACUAGCCCAACAGUGCGCCAAUUUCACGAUUUGUCGGAGAAGGAAGUUUGGCUCAUCGCUGCUCCUGAAGAUGUCCCCGUUGAAUCCAUCAAGGAGUUGGCCGUCGAUGCUGUCAUGCGCGGUCAACCCAUUAUCAACCACAAUGGUAUCGCAUACGGUAUGCAGCCAUUGUCAUCCAAGAACGAAACAGUCUUGCUCCCUCAAGCAGCAGAUGCGCGUUACCAUCAGGCGGAGAAGAACAUUGAGCGUAGCUUCAUCAUGCGGGAAGUCAAUAACCAGGACAAGGUUCCAUCCCAGGAAGACACUCCACAGACCUUCACAGCAACACGACCUGGGAAGCCGAAAGAAAUCCGACAGCAACCUGAAGGAUUGAAGAAGCGAUACACACCUCCCGGAGUUUCUGCACGCACAGCUGCGCAGUCUCAGCAAGACGUCGUGAUGGAUAAUGCACCUGCUCCUGCUCCAGCUGCACGCUCCAAGAAAAGUGCCAAUGGGAAGGAGCCAAAAGAAAAUUCCUCGGGAAAGAGGAAGCGAGGUUAG